UUUUUUUACCCUGGGUGGCGGUGCGGGCUCCCGGAUGGUUGGCUGCCAGUAGCCGGGGGCCGCGCCUCCUCCCCCCGCCGCGCCACCAUGUCGUAGGGGAGUUAUGGAGACAAAAGGAUACCACAGCUACCCAGAAGGCUUAGAUAUGGAGAGACGGUGGGGUCAAGUUUCUCAGUCUGUGGAGUAUUCUUCCAUAGGUGCUGGAGAGCAGACUGAUGACAGUAACUACAUGGAGAUUGUAAACGUAAGCUGCGCCGCCGGCCCUCUUGCAAACAGCAGCGCUCAAGGAAACAGCAAAGAAAAACCUGAGCUACUCUCCUGCCUGCAGCAAGACAACAGCCAGCCUGGUCUUCUGCCCUCUGACGUCAAAACCGAAACGGAGUCCAAGGAGCUGUCGGCAGCGGUGGCCGAAUCCAUGGGUUUGUAUAUGGAUUCGAUACGAGAUGCCGAUUACCACUACGAUCAGCAGAACCAGGCGAGCCCGGGAAAGGUCUACCAGAACAUGGAGCAGCUGGUGAAGCUCUACAAGGAGAACGGCCAUUGCUCCUCUCCCCUCCACAGCGCCAGCAGGCCCUUGAGGUCUUUGAUGUCGGACUCCGGGAGCGCUGUGAACGGCGGUGCCAUGCACGCGAUUGUCAAAAGCCCUAUCAUGUGUCAAGAGAAAAGCCCCUCAGGCUGCAGCCCUCAGAACAUGGCCUCCUCCGUAUGUAGUCCUGCGGGAGUUAACUCCGUGUCCUCGACUACCGCUAACUUUGGGAACUUUGCCAUGCACAGCCCCAUCGGGCAGGGCACCCCUCUGUCGCGCUCGCCGAACGUCGAGAGCCGGGGCUCCAUGUUGCACAGCCCCGCGCACGUUAGCAACGUCGGCUCUCCGCUUUCCAGCCCUAUCAGCAGCAUGAAGUCGCCGAUCUCCAGUCCUCCCAGCCACUGCAGCGUGAAGUCUCCCGUCUCGAGUCCCAACAAUAUCACUAUGCGAUCUUCUGUGUCCAGCCCUGCAAACCUGAACUCCAGGAGCUCCAUUGCCAGCCCUUCCAAUGCCAAUAAUAGGUCCACGCGUUCUAGUCCGGCGGUUAGCACUGUGGGAUCGUCCAUCUGUAGCCCCGUAAACAACUCCAUAGGGUUCCCACCUUCCGGCACGCCAGUGGGGCCUAGCAGAAGCCAAGAUACUGUUCCUAGUCCAGAAGCAAAAGACAAGGGUGCUCAAGAGCUCACGUUUCCUAAGAUGGAGGAAAUGGAGAGCGCCAUCUCCAACAACAGCCAGAUGAACCUUGUUCAGUUCAUAAAGCCCGAGCCAGACGGGUCCUUCGGCGGCGCCUGCAUCGGCGACAGCAGCAGCAAAAUAAGCUCCGAUUCCCCCUUUUCAGUACCAGUGAAGCAAGAGUCGGCCAAACAUCCUUGUUCUGGUGCCUCCUUUAAAGGGAAUCAAACAGUAAAUCCUUUCCCAUUUACAGAUGGCUCAUAUUUUUCUUUUAUGGAUGACAAAGACUAUUACUCUCUUUCUGGGAUUUUAGGACCACCUGUUUCUUCAUUUGAUGGAAAUUGUGAAGGUAGCGGUUUUCCAAAUCCAGGCCUACGUGUGGGGAUUAAGCAAGAGCCUGAUGAUGGCAGCUAUUACCAAGAAAACAGCAUACCAUCCUCUGCCAUUGUGGGUGUAAAUUCAGGUGGACAGUCAUUUCACUACAGGAUCGGUGCCCAGGGCACGAUAUCCCUGUCGCGGCCGGUUGCUCGAGAGCAGACAUUUCAGCACCUGAGCUCCUUCCCUGCUGUCAGCACGCUCAUGGAGACCUGGAAGUCGCAUUCAGAGUUGGCAUCCAGAAGAAGUGAUGGGUAUCCAGUUCUAGAGUACAUUCCAGAAAACGUAUCCAGCUCUUCAUUGAGAAGUGUAUCAACUGGAUCUUCAAGACCUUCCAAAGUGUGUUUGGUGUGUGGAGAUGAGGCAUCUGGAUGUCAUUAUGGGGUGGUUACAUGUGGCAGCUGUAAAGUUUUCUUCAAGAGAGCAGUAGAAGGCCAGCAUAAUUACCUGUGUGCAGGAAGGAACGACUGUAUAAUUGAUAAGAUUCGGAGGAAGAACUGCCCAGCCUGUCGAUUACAGAAAUGUCUGCAAGCUGGAAUGAAUUUAGGAGCCCGGAAGUCCAAAAAGUUGGGGAAAUUGAAAGGGAUGCAUGAGGAGCAGCCCCAGCAGCGGCAGCAGCCACCCCCGCAGAGCCCCGAGGAAGGGACGACGUACAUCGCGCCCGUGACCGAGCCCUCUGUCAACACUGCACUUGUCCCCCACAUGUCUGCUAUCUCACCAGCACUUACCCCCUCUCCUGUAAAGAUCCUUGAAAGCAUUGAGCCGGAGAUCGUGUACGCAGGAUACGACAGCUCGAAGCCAGACACAGCGGAGUACCUGCUUUCCACCUUAAACCGCCUAGCCGGCAAGCAGAUGAUCCAGGUGGUGAAGUGGGCAAAGAUACUUCCAGGAUUUAGAAACUUGCCUCUCGAGGACCAAAUUACUUUAAUUCAGUAUUCAUGGAUGUGUCUGUCAUCGUUUGCCUUGAGUUGGAGGUCGUACAAACAUACAAACAGCCAGUUCCUCUAUUUUGCUCCAGACCUGAUCUUCGAUGAGGAGCGGAUGCGCCAGUCGGCGAUGUUCGAGCUGUGCCAGGGCAUGCACCAGAUCAGCCUGCAGUUCGUCCGCCUGCAGCUCAGCUUCGAGGAGUACACUAUCAUGAAAGUGCUGCUGCUCUUAAGCACAGUUCCCAAGGAUGGUCUCAAAAGCCAAGCUGCAUUUGAAGAAAUGAGGGCAAAUUACAUUAAAGAACUAAAGAAGAUGGUAACUAAAUGUCCAAGUAACUCUGGGCAAAGCUGGCAGAGAUUCUACCAACUGACUAAACUUCUUGACUCCAUGCAUGAUCUUGUUAGUGACUUAUUGGAAUUCUGCUUCUACACCUUCCGAGAGUCUCAGGCACUGAAAGUAGAGUUUCCAGCCAUGCUGGUGGAAAUCAUCAGUGACCAGCUACCAAAGGUGGAAUCUGGGAAUGCCAAGCCCCUGUACUUUCACAGGAAGUGAUAGAAAAUGUCUUAAAUGGAAGAACUUUGCCUUAAGUUUCCCUGUGUUAUUCCACACCCAUGAAGGACCCAAGAAACCAUAUUUUAAACAUGCUCUUUACACUUGUUCAGCAGUCUCUGAAUAGUCUAAAAUCAUACAAAGGGUUUGGGGGAAUGGAAAGCAAUUGACUUGGAUUUGGCAAGACCUAGAUGUUUGGAAAUUACCCCAUAACCCUAAAACACUUAGAAAAUGUUCCUGUUCCUCUGGAUGAAAAGCCAUAUCUAGUCAAUAACUCUUUGAUUUUGAUAUUUUAACAGAUGGAGUUUUAAAUAUGCCAUGUAGUUUCUGGUAUUGUUUGCUUGUUUUAAAAGGGUUCGAGAACUAAUGAGAACUUUUUAAAGCUUACCCUUGGUUUGCACAUAAAACGUAAAGUCAAUAUGGGGCAUUAAUAUUCUUUUCUUGUAUAAAAAAAAAUCACAAAAAAAAUACAAACAAAAACUAUAUAUAUAUAUACACAUAUAUAUACACACACAAACCCUAAUGUGUAAAGUAAUAACAGAACAUUUGGUGUGGAAUACUGUUAUCCCCACCUGUGGCAUUUGUUAUCCCAUGUUAUCCCAUCAUAGAUGAUAAACACUGUGUGAAGUGUCCAUUUACUAUUUAAUUCAAAAGGAUAAGAUGUGAAAAACAAAUGCCCUGGUAUCAAUUUAUAGUAUCUAUUGUGCUGGCUUUACAAAUAAUUUUUUGCAGUCUUUUGCUGUACUGUACAUUGCUGUAUGUAUAAAUUGUGAAGGACCUGAAAUAAGGUGUAAGGAACUUUUGUAAAUGAGACAAAAAAUCUUUAAUGGUUAAUAGGAUGAACGGGAAAGUAUUUUUGAAAGAACUCUAUUUUGCUGGAGACUAUUUAAGUACUAUCUUUGUCUAAACAAACAAGGUAAUUUUUUUGUAAAGUGAAAUGUUCUGCAUGCAUAAUGAACCGUUUACAGUGUAUUUAAGAAAGGGAAAGCUGUGCCUUUUUUAGCAUCAUAUCUAAUUUACCAUCCUACAGUAUCUGUUGUAAAUAACCAUGCUUAACCUUUUCCAUUGUGUUUUAAGCCCUUCUAUUUCUCUCUCUUUUCUCUCCCUUUUGUCUCUCUUGCAAGUGUAUGUGACUUGAGCACAUCUUAGAACUCCUGCUUCAUAUAUCUGUAGGAAACUACACGUUCUUGUGUUUGCCACUUUACCAAGGUUUCAUUUAACAAGACAAAUUAUGGUCUCUCUCCAAAGCUUUUGCCAGCUUAAUGAUCUAGUGAGUUCUUGCCCUCUAUUCCCUUUCUCUCUCAGGGGAACAGGGGUGAGCAAGAUGUUAAAUGAUUUUUCUUUUUUUACUAAGGUUUCCCAGAUUGUUUGGUUUUGUUUUUCUUUUUUUUUUUUUUUUUUUUCCUUUGAAUACUGGAUCUAUGAAGCAUCUUAACAGGUCAGAUUAUUAUUUCAGAUGGGGGAGAGCAAUUUCUGGUUAUGCUGAAGGGAACAUGCAGAUCAUUACAGUAAGUAUAUCAAAGAGAUUUGUACUGGUGAGAGGGAUGGUGAGGGAUGAUAAGGACAGAUAAGCUGAGUAGAAUUUUUAGUGAUAAAGUGUCUGUAAUUUUGUAAGCAUUUUUGUAAUAAUCGGGAUACAUCCAAGAAAACAAAUGUUCGCACUACAAGUUCAACUCAGUUGGUCUGAUUUUGUCUCAAAAAUGUUUUCUCUAGAAUAAGACAGCAAAGAAAAGAAUUUUUGAGGUGAUUUUCACAAUUUCACAAUUUAUAAGCAACUACAAGAUUUUGGAGUAGAAUAGAGGACAGGUGAACUUUUCUGAGGCUCAACUGUUGCUACCAUAUGCUCAUGUUUAAAUAGAAUAGGUUUUCAGAGUCCUAAUCUGUAGUGUUCUCUCUGGGUGCCACUGGUAUUUUUGAGCUAUAGUGUGUCCCUUGGCCGGUCGGAAUGUAGCAUUUCUUGUCAAUGGUGGUCGAAUUAAGAAUUCUACACCCUUUCUGAACCCAAAUUUGGAGGUGCACGGUGGUGCACUGAAGACAGUCAGCGCUACUUGUCUUUUUAAAUGACACCUGCCUUAUGCAAUGGGUAAUCUGUAAAGACUGUAUUCAGAGAGGUUUUUUUAUAUAUAAAUAUAUACAUACAUAUAUUAUUUGCAUUUUGGAAGUCUAAUUCAUAGGCAGAUCUUUAAAUACUGACCUGCACAGCAAUAUGAAAGCCAAACUUCCAACCUGAGAUAUACAGCAUGCAGACUGGUUGUUUACAGUAAAGACACAGUCAUACAUCCAUCUUUUAAUUAACCUUUUUUUUUUUUUUUUUUUUUUUUUUUUUUUUUUUUUAAGUCUAAAGUAGAAGAUUUCAAAGCCAGGUUCUGGGUGAAUACAGUCUGCAGCAGCUUUUUAUAUUAACAAAGUUACUGCCUCCUUUUCUGUCUCAGAGUAACUUUGCUUGACUAAAAUAGCAAAGCCAUAUUCUACACUUCACUGUUAAAUGCCUGUCCCAGUCCAAAUUGUUGUCUGUUUGCUCCUAUUUUUGUACCUUAUUACUUUUAAUCUUGGUUUGGUACAAUUCAUAAUUCACAGAAACUUCAUAUAAUUAAACACACUAAAUUAGUUUUAAAAAGCAAUUUAUAUCUUUAUGCAAAACGUAUGUCUGUCUUUGCAAACAACUGUAAGCAGAUUAUAAUAAAUCCUUUACUUUAAUCACCUGUUGUUUAUGAAACCAUUCAUUGAUUAUUAUUAUUUUUUUGCUAGAGAUCAUUGAAGUAAUAGAUACAAUUGGAUAUAGAUGUUGUAAGAGGCAGUAUUCUCUUAUCAAGGACACUUAAGCAGAAUAGCCAUCACUUUUUUUAUCUAAACCUGUGUACAGAAAAAAAGAAAAAGAAACCACAAAACCCAACCCUACUUUUUAGCUAUACCAGGAAGUUUGUUACGUUCUUCUGAAUUUGUUUAGAGUGAAAUAGGCAUUUGUCUCCUGCAAAAUACAAGACAAACUAUAACAGCUUUUAGAAAGUGGUCUUUUGUUCAUUGAGCUAAAUUAUUUUGUUGUAAGAAGGAACAGGGAUAUGCAGCAAGAGCAUUGUAUACACAGUUAAAAUGUAAAAUAGUGUAAUGUACUGCAGUGGGUAGUUCAGGAAUACUACGCAUCGUGCGACUGAGCAGUUGCACCGAGUAAAAUAGAAAAGACUAAAGUUUGCAAUAUCAAAAUCUUAUUAAAAAGAUACUUUACAAUCAAUAAUGCAAAAAGCUAAUUCACAGGGUGGUGUUUUUCACUGACUUGUUUAAACAUUUAUGAAAUUAAAAAAUUCUACAGUUAAUGCACUUUUAAUUGUUUAUUAAAGAUUUGACUUUUUUUAGAGCAAUGUUUUCAGCUGGAGGUCAAUGACUUGAUAAGACAGACAGCACUUCUGAGGCCAGGAAGCUCAGAGGAAUGUUUAAGAAUUCUUGGAGUUUAAAUAGAUUCCUGGAUGAAAAAUAAAAGCAGCCAGCAGUAUGGUGUAAACAGUAAAAUCUAUGCAUAAUGAUGCAUUUAUAAUUAGGGGUUUGCUUCUGUAUGUUUAAAGCUUUUUAAAUAAAUAGAAAAUAUUGUUUGGUCU